AUGACAUCGACUGAGCAUCGAAAUAAUUUGGAGUUGCUGACAUUGAUAUGGCUCGAUUAUUUGGCUGAUGCAACACAAGAAAAUCGAGAAGUACAGGCAAGACUUCGAACAAAAAUCAAUUAUCUUCGAACAUUCGAUAAUUGCCAAGAUUGUGAACAUUAUAUUCGAAAUGUUAUUGACGAUAAACAGGAGAAAAUCGUUUUGAUUGUCAGUGGUCGAUUAGGUCCAGAUAUGACACAACGUGUACAUGAUCUCAAGCAAGUCGUGUCUAUAUAUGUCUAUUGUUUAAAUAAAGAAGCAAAUGAACAAUGGGCAAAAAAGUAUAAAAAGAUUCGCAGUGUUAUUGUACGAUUGGCUGAUUUGCUAUAUGAAAUUGAUCGCGAUCAAAAGAGUGAAGAACAAAAGUUAAAUGAAUCGAUUGAAAUAUCUACAAAUGAAGAUUACAGUUUACCAUUACUUUUACGAACGAAAUUAUCAUUGAAAGAUAGACGCGAUUUUGUCAAGUUUUGUUCAAAAGAAUAUGACGACAACGAGAGUCAAAUGGAAAAAGUCAGAGAUUACGAGCACUUAUAUUCAUCAUCCAGCGCACUCGAUUAUUUUUUCAAUGAAACACUUUUGUAUCGUUUAUUACUAAAAAGUCUUCAUACGUUCAAUAUAAAAUUACUCUAUUUUCUGAGAUUUUUCCUUCAGGACAUCGAAAAACAACUGGAAAGUCUGCCAACGAUAUCUGGAAAAGUAUAUCGUGGACAAUUAAUGACAACGGCUCAAGUGGAUUCUCUUAGUCAAACAGUCGAGAGUGAAUUCAUUCAAUUUAACACCUAUUUUAUUGCAAGUUCAAAUCAGGAACACAUUCGACAAUCGUUACAAACUGCUGCUGAUAAUUAUCUACAAAGAGUUAUCUUUGAAAUUGAUGAUAAAAAUCACGUCGGAAAACAGUAUAAACAAUUCUCUAUGUUUCCAAUUACUACUACAUUUCGCGUUACUUCCGUUCGACUCGAACAACGCAUAUGGAUUGUUCAAAUGACAGCUCAUAAUGAUAUUCACGACAGUCGAUUGAAAGAAGAAAUAGAUCCGAUUCAACUAGCUCAAUACUUUCGAGAAAUGAAUCGAUUAGAUCAAGCAGAAAUACUAUUCGAACUCAUUCAAACUCAACAUCCUUCACUAACAGCUGAAUGUUACGAUGGACUUGGCCGAAUCGCUCAAGAUAGAGGUCAUUAUGAUAUUAGUCUUAGUUUCUAUUUAAAAUCCCUGCAAACAAUCUCAUCGAAAAAUCGUACACAAUGUUUGAAUAACAUCGCAUGUGCCUAUGAUUAUUUAGAGCAAUACGGAGAAGCAAUACAGUUCUACGCUGAAGCAUUGGAUCUUAUGAAAACUGGCCUCGAACGUUCAACAUGUUUAAACAACAUGGGUGUUACAUAUGCAAAAGAGAAUGAAAUACAACAAGCAUUGGAUUGUUUUCAACGUGCAUUAACUCUUCGACGAGCAUCACUGGUAGAAAAUCAUCCCGAAAUCGGAAUUUGCUAUGCUAACCUCGGUAUGAUCUAUGUUACACGGGCACAAUAUGACGAUGCACUGGAACAUUACAAUCUAGCGUUGAGAAGUUUUUCAUCGAAUAAAUUUUGCGAUAUACCACAAGCGAUUGUCUGCCAGAAUAUGGCUUCUAUAUAUUAUCAUAAAAAUCAAAUUGAUCAAGCAUUAAAGUAUUAUCAAACUGCACAGAAGAUUUUUCGACAAUUACGGUCUGCCGAUCACCCAAAUCUUCUCUAUAUACAACAACAAAUCGAACAAAUCAUGCAGAAUAAAUAA